CCUUUCGAUUCAGUGGAUUUAACCGUGGAUUGUGGUAGUCGAUUACGCACUGUGGGUAACGCUAGGUCUCAUUACUCGUUUGCUGUUAUGCAAGUUAAGUUCUAUUAUACUUAUUAUGUUCUCUUAUCCAUUUGUUCUCUAGUCUUUGAUUACACUUGACUGUUAUUCUUUUUAGCUAGUGACUAGAAAAUAUAUUAUACUCUUGGAUAUUUCUUUUUAUCACUUAAUAUAUUUCUUUCUGCAUGCUGCUAAUUCUAUUUUUUGUACCGACACUUGUAACACUUGCUACCUUGACACAUAUAUGCUAUUCUAUAAUGUAAUAGCUAUAGAAGCAAGCAAUUCUGUACACUCAUCACCAGAGAAAGCUAUGGCAUUUUUUCCUUUGUUGCCCUAUAAUUAUUGUUCUUCAUUGUAGGAAGAGCGAUAUGCGUUCGAAAACUGAAAGUCUCGGGUUACUUUUAUUCGUGUCCAUAGAAAUGUUAAUUCUUUGCAUAAUUUUUAGUACUUUUCAGGACUAGAAAGGAUAAAUGAUAACAAAAGUUUAACAAAACCUCAAAUAAAUUAUGAGUAAAUGAUAUCAAAAACUCGUAGGAUUGCUUACGAUGAACGUGUCGAAUUGAUUAAUAUCGAAGUAUAACUUCCACUGUUGAAUAAAAUUUGAAUAACGUAUGGUCAGUUAUUCAGUUAGUGACCUGAGAUGUGAUCACAAUGCCUGCUGCAGGCUCGACGUGCUCUGCUAAUAUGAUUCGCCUUUAUUUUUCUUGGACGUGUAAGAGUCCGGGGAGCCUACAGGUGAUGGUGUAUCUUGGAAGCCUUCACGUUGAAAAAUUUAUUCAAUAAUAAGCUUUUUGUUUACCUAUAAUAAAUAUCGUUGAGAUAGUAAUAUAAAUGGAAUAAAAUGUCCUUUUUUUUAUUCCUAUAGAAGUGCAAUGCUAGGCCGAGUGAGAAUGAGCUAUGCAAAUCUAACUUGAAAUAGCUCCCAUUACUUAAUUAUUUUAAUCGGUGAACGCAUAUUGUAGAAUAGAGAGAAAGCUUUUAUGACGGUGAUAUUUCUAAUUGCAAGCUUUGUUGGCAUGGUAUUUAUAACAUACUAACGUUUGUUGAAGCUGAUAAAUGUGUUGUGUAUUGAGGUAAUAAUAUUAAAUUUACAAAAAAAAAAUCUCUAACAAAUAGUCUUCUGGCCCUUGAAACAUGCCCAUUCUGAGUCGGAAUUUCGUCAUCCGCCUUCUCUUCUUCGUCAUUUCGGAAAUCUUUUUAGUGCAGGCGCUGAUGUUCCCGCCGCUGCCUGGCCCCGACUGCAGCGACAACGGCGACUGCGACACAGGCUGCUGCCUCCUGCUGGGGCUGCACCACCGCACACCUCAGGGCGUGUGCCAACCUCUGCCUGCUAUAGGCGACUACUGCGCCACCGGUGAGCGGCUGCGGGACUACGGCGGCUGGCGGGUGUUCACGCACAGCUGCCCCUGCAGAGCUGGCCUCGAGUGCGUGCCCGAGUGGUCCAGGAGAUUUGUUGCUCUGAGCGUGUCACAGGACCCCCAGUGCAUGCCUGCCAACCUGUCCGUGCUGGAGCUUCACACCCGAGGCUUCACUCGUCCCCCCGUCCUCCCCCCUGACAGAUCCCGCGUCCCCAUCCCGCGCUUUUGGCCAGAGUUGCUGACACCGCGACCGCUGUAGCAAGGAUUGACAGACCCUGUGGCCUUUUUCCGGCCAAUUUUAUAGACCUAGACCUUUUCUAAAUUGACCAGAGUUGCUUAGUUCGAGGCCAUCAUAGCUAGGGUUGCCAGAAUUUAGUUUUUUUACAAACUUGCCGAUUUGGGCCUUUUUUAAAACUAAAUAAGUCAAUAAAUGUAAGUAUUUGCAACGCAAAUUACAAAUUUACUUAUAAUAUCAAAUUGAUGUCAUUUUUGUAAUUGUUUGUGAAAUGAUGCAGCAUUUCUCUUCUCACCAUCUGGCAGCACUCGUGGUAGCAUCGCUGCUCACAAUUGUCUAACUCGAGUCGAGCAAAGUAAAACUCUAGUAAAACUAAAAUGAAUUAUUUAUAAUGCAUAAUUAACUGGACAUUAAAUUAGUUUUCCUUGGAUAUUUCUGCUAAGCCAUCAUUAAGACAAUAAGGAAUUGCUGUUGCAUUUGACAUGUUGUGCGUUACAUGUCGCUCUCUUGCUUCUAAUUAACGCUCUCUCAUCCACAGAAAUAAUAACUAGUAAUUAAUAUAAUCAAGAACAGCUGGCCUGCUUUCACUAUCGCGUUAUGAAGUUCAGUUUCGUAUUGAUCGUUUCCUUAUUUCAUUUAUUACAACAUAACAUCAUAGUAAUCAUUUGCCAAGGAUAGAUUACACUACAGGAGAUCAUUUUCAAUUUUGUACUUGAUACUUACCUGUAAAUGUCAAUAUUAAGUUAGUAUUAGUUUUAAAUGUUACACAGUAACUUUAAUAAAAUUACUCAAAAAUAUGUUUAUGGCUAACUUAUUCUUUUAAGUGUUGCACGAAUCUGAUACACGUGUACGUAAUCGUACUGGUUGGACUGCUCACGUUACAUAAUUUGGACCUGCCGACAUGUGUCGUCCAUCUGAAAGUAGGAAACCGUACAAUAUCUCAGGGUAGGAAAAACUAUUAAUUUCCCCUUAGGCAAAUCGAAGGUUUUCAUGCAUAGGUUAAUUAGAUUUCGAAAUCUUGACACUUCGAAUAGGACGAUUGCUUUUAAUAUAUCUUGCAUUACGCUGCUAGUCUCC